AUGAGUUGGAAAAAACUUCUUUCAUUAAAUCCAAUUGAAUUUAUAGACUAAUAAUUAGCUAUUUGCAAAGGAGAACUUCCAAAAGGUUUGAGAGGUUCAUUGUAUAGGAAUACAGUAUCAACAAAAAAGAGAAGAAAUGGAUAUCCUGGACAUUUAUUUGAUGGGGUUGUUUAUUUAAAUUAUAUCUAUUAGGAUGGAGUGGUAUUGAAGAUAGAAUUUAAAGAAGGAAGAGCUAUUGCUACCUAUAAAUUUGUAUAAAGUGAAGGAUUCAUUAAUGAAUAAUAAAGAGAUGGUAGAUAUUUGUAUUAAUAAUUAGAGUAUAUUUAUGCUGGUUUGGGUAGAACUUAUUCAGGAAAUUUUUUGACUAAAAUAUUCAAUUCUUUCUCAUUUAAGAAUCCUGCUAAUACAUCGGUAUUACCUUUAAGAAAUGGAGAACUUUUAGCUUUAUGGGAAGGAGGAUUACCAACAAAUAUAAAAAAAAAUAAUUUAUCUACAAUUGGAUUAACUAAUGGUAAUAGUCUAUAAAAUUCUGAUACAUUUUCUGCUCAUCCUAAAAUAGAUCCAAAAUCAGGAAUGAUAUAUAAUGUAGGAUUAACUCAUGGAAUGAAUUAAAUGGUGAAUGUUUAUGAAAUGAAUUAAAGUGGUUAAAUUUUGAGAAGAAAUUCUACUUAAGUAAAUGGAAGAAGAUUUAUGUUACAUGAUUUUAUUUUAGCAGGUGAUUAUUUAAUAGCAAUUAUGUAUUCUUAAUUUGUGACGGACUUUCAUAAAAUUCUAUUAGGUAGAAAAUCAUUAGGAUAAGAUGUACUAAAUGAUGAAUCUUAAGGAAUACAAGUAUUUGUAUUUGAUAAAUCAAAAAAUCUUUAAUUAAUUGCAAAUAAGAUUAAUUAUUUAAAAUUUAAUGUUUGGCAUUAUUCAAACGGCUAUGUUGAUUAAAGUGGUAAUGUAGUGUCUUAAGCUAUUACUUAUCCUAAUUAUGAAUUAUAUGAAAGCUUUUUCAUUGAGAAUCUACUUAAAAAUGGACUAAUAGAUUCUAAAUCUUCUUAUGAUCGAUUGAUAAUAAAUCCACUUACAGGAGAAAUAUUAUAAAAAUAACAAAUAUUAAAUGACUAUCUUGAAUUUCCUGUUGUGCAUGAUGAUGAUGUUGGUUAGAAAUAGAAAUUCACAUAUGCAGUAAUUUAAUAAAGUAUAUUUAUAUAUUAACUUAUAAGAGAAGGAUGAUUGGUUUAAUGGAAUUAUUAGAAUUGAUGAAGAAAAUCCUUAAAAUAGUUAAAGAAGAUAUUAUUAAUAAGAACAAUAUUUAACUGAAGCAUUAUUUGUAUAAGAUAAGAAUAAAUAAAAAGGAGAAGGAUGGUUAAUUUUUAUAAUCUUUGAUGGAACUGUAGAUAAAUCAUUUGUUGAAAUAGUAGAUGCAUUAUCCCUCUAAUCUGUCUGUUUACUUUAACUACCUUAGUUAAUUGCACCUAGCUUCCAUGGUAGAUUUGAAUAUGAACAAUGAUU